AUAGAAAAAGAGAAAUAGUUAUACCCGGGUGUCUCGCCGCUAGCUAAAAGCCAAGCUCUCCUUUCCACUUACAAAUACCACACAUACCUCCUCCUUUUUAUUUAUUUCUUUCUUGCUUUAAGAUUCAAGAACCAACCUCAGAAUAUUUCCUAUUACAGAACCAGAAAUGAAACAAAUCUUUCCAUCAUUAUCCACUUUCUGACCUGAUUAAUUAGUACCUGUUUUGCUUAUAUACUAACUAUAUCUAUCUUUUCAGUUUCUGCUGGUCGUUAAACAAUCUUAAUGGGCAUAAAAUUUUUCAAUCUGCAAACCAUUCCUUGGUGUUUUCUGAUGGGCAAUCCCAUGUCGUGCGUCCAUAUCCAGCCUGAGCCACCGGCAGAGACAAUCAAGCUCAUAAAAUCGGAUGGUGUGGUCAAGAUCUAUGACAAACCCAUCCAUGUCUCAGAGCUAUUAAUACAACACCCAAAGCAUUUGGUAUGCCGCUCAGACUCAUUCUACAUAGGCCAGAAGAUUCCAGCUCUCUCUGCUAACGACAAGCUUCAGCUCGGCCACAACUACUUUCUUCUUCCUAAACAUUGUUUCCAGUCGACCCUAUCAUUUGUCACCAUCGCGUCCUUUGUCGCCACUUCUUCUUCCUCCUCUACUUCUUCUUCUUCCUCCUUGUGCACUAGAGAUUCAAGAAACGCGCUUCUAAAGAAGGCCGCAGUCUGCAAACCCUUCGACAUCCAAAAAUCUUCUUCUGGGAUUCUGAGAAUGCGCGUAUCCGAUGAGUUUAUAUCGCAAUUAAUGAAAGAAGGGCAGAUGAAGGAGUCCGAUGAGGAAGAAGACGGGUCUACUGCUGCAACCAGCCGAGUAUGUACCACUCCUCAGUUACAGAAGGAUUAUAGACUGCUUGUCAGAUCAAGCAAUUGGAAACCGAAGCUGGAGACAAUAAGGGAGAAGGAGAAGAGAAAGCUUUCUUCUUUUGGAAUGAAAAGAAGGAAGAAAUCUCAGUCUAAAGGAACCCAAAAGCCCAGUCAUAGUCAUAAAUCAUCACCAGCCACACCCACCAAGGCUUCUUCCAAAGCCAAGAUCAAGAUCAAAUUAAGGAAAUAGUAGUUGAUGACACACCGCAGCACCGAUAGUCAUUUAUUUUUCCUUUUCAAAACUUUUAAAUUUCUGGGGUUGGCAUGUGACUUCUAAAUCCUAAUGUACUUUGUAAAACCGGUUCACAGUCUCCCUUUGAUACAAAGGAAGAGAGAGAAAGAAAUCAACAGUAACCCUCUUUCUGUUAUAAUUCCCCAUUUUAUUUCUUAUGGGUAUGGAUAAACUAUCCUCAAUUCUGUAAUGAACUAACAAAUUUGUCAAA